CUGAUACAACACUUGCCGAGAAUAUAAAUAAACCCUUGGAACCCUCUUCAUUGCUUUGCUUCGCUUCGUUUCUCCGAUCAUCGAUUCACCGGAGAAGACACUUUUUCUCCGUCGGUGAAGACACUUUUUCUCCGUCGGAUCCUUACGCUUCUUCGUUUGUGACACAAGACAAACAAACAAUGAUGUUUUCGGAUCUUCCACGGGAUUUACAAGCAGAAAUACUCUCAAGGGUUCAGGCCAGAUAUCUACAACAAUUGAAAACUACUUGCAAGCGGUGGUACACUUUGUUCAAAGAUCCGGGAUUCCUCAAGAAGAACUUGGAUAGAGCGGGAAGAGGGUUUAUCUCGCUGAUGAAUUCCAGGGUUUCUUCAGUUAGUAUCAAUCUCCCUGGCAUCCACGACAGUGUUGAUCCGUCCUUUGACGCAACAGGUGUACUUGUCAGUAAGAAUGAUCCAGAAGAUGUCAAGAUAUCUGAUAUCUUUCAGUGCAACGGUUUAUUAUUGUGCACCACUACUGACAGGAGACUCGUGGUUUGGAACCCUUAUACUGGUCAGACCAGGUGGAUCCCAAACAGAUCCAGCAACGCACUGUUCCAUAAGUUUGUUUUAGGGUACGAAAAAGAGAAAGAAAAUUGCAACAGCCACCAUAUCCUAAGGUAUAAGUCAUUCUCAUUGAGCCCGUUAGGUGCGGAGUUUGAUAUCUAUGAGUUUAACUCUGAUUCAUGGAGGAGUUUUCAUGACGUCUCUCCUAUUUGUACCUUACAAUCCAAGGGCGUGUCAUUGAAGGGGAAUACUUACUGGAUUGCUUCAGAUACAGAAGAUCCCUUCGGUAAAUUCGUACUCAGGUUUGAUUUCACAACAAAAAAGUUUGGACGUCUCUCUCUUCCUUUUCAAACUGAUGAUGCUGAUGGUGUUGUCGAGACUGCGAUUCUAUCAGUUGUUAGAGAAGAGAAGCUUGCGUUGUUAUAUGAGAGGUUUGAUGAGAAUACAGAGGAUGAUCCUUCGGAGAUGAAGAUAUGGGUCACCAAUACUAAAAUCGAGGAGGCCAAAGACUUGUCGUGGAGCAGUUUCUUGGUAGUGGAUUUCCCUAAAUUGAUGGUAACAAGGAUGGUAAAUGUGAGUAGUUUUUUGGUGGAUGAGGAGAAAAAAAUGGUCGUGUUUUGUGAUGUAGACACUGAUGUUUACCUGGCAAGAGCUUACAUUGUCGGAGAGAAUAUAUACCAAGAAAUCUAUAAAGAGACUACUACAAGGGAAUCAUUUUCCCUUUGGCCAUGUCUCGUCAGCUAUGCUCCAAGUCUGGUUCAAAUUCAGCAAGGUCAAGUGAAUCCCGGAUGCAAAAGAAAAAGGUAGUAAUUGGAUUAACUAUGGUUGACUUGUCUCUGUUUAGUUACUUGACUGAGUAGCUGACGUUCCUUAGUUUAUCUUUUUAGCUCUCAUUUGCUUUUGAAACUCUAGGUUUUGGUGAUGAUCUUUACUCAAAUACAUUGUUCAUGAGAGGUUUAGUCACCAUCACAUCAAAUUAGAUCUAUCCUAUGGUUUUUCAUAAAAGAUCAAUCCUCAGCCCAAAGCUCACAAAAUAUUUGAUUUCCAAAUAACAAUAUACAUACCCCGAUCGAUCUUUCUUGGUUCUA